AAAACCCUCCAACCCGCUCCAUUCUCUCUCUCUCUCUCUCUCUAUCAAUAACUCUCUCUCAUUGGGCAUUAUUGUGUGAUAGAGUUAACCAUUGGUUGACCCCGAGAUCUAGGGUUGCAACCCAUCUCUGUUCUCAAUCCUAAUUCAGAAAAUUCAAUUCGAUCCAUUCGCAUCUUCAAAUCAUCGUCAAUUCAAUUCAGUAAGUCUCUUUUCUCUUACAUUGUGUUUCUAUAUACAAAUUCAAUUCUGUUUAUACACUAUAUAGAAGAUAAAUGCGAAUGGAUAGUAAUUAUUCGGCUCUUCCCAAGACUUCAUACGUAGAAUUACAAGUCCAAGAUGAUAUUUUUAGAUCAGGGACCCCUAGAUCUCCUCCUAUUGAUGAUGAAGAUUUCGACAAUCUUGUUUAUGAGGGUAAAAACAACAAUUCUGGGGUUUAUGGGGCUAUUUUUAAUCUCACCACAUCUAUUGUUGGGGCUGGGAUUAUGGCCUUGCCUGCAACAAUGAAAGUUUUGGGUUUGAUUCUAGGGGUUAUUUUGAUUAUUUUGAUGGGUAUUUUAUCUGAAAUCAGCGUCGAAAUGCUUGUUCGAUUCACCGUUCAAUGUAAAGCGACUUCCUAUGGGGAGGUUGUUCAGGCUGCUUGUGGUAAGCCUGCUAGGAUUUUGUCUGAAAUUUGUAUAAUUGUGAACAAUGCUGGUGUUCUUGUUGUUUAUUUGAUUAUUAUGGGUGAUGUAAUGUCGGGUUCCCUUCGUCAUAUUGGGGUUUUUGAUCAAUGGUUGGGAAAUGGUUUUUGGGAUCAUAGAAAACUAGUGAUUUUAAUUGUUGUAGUGGUUUUUCUUGCACCGCUUUGUGCUUUGGAUAAGAUUGAUUCGUUGAGCUUGACAUCAGCUGCCUCGGUAGCUCUUGCUGUUGUCUUUGUUUUCGUUGCUUUUGUUAUUGCUAUUAUUAAGCUCAUUGAAGGCACUAUUGAGACUCCUAGAUUGACACCGGAUUUUGGAUCAAAGAAGGCAAUUUUGGAUUUGCUUGUUGUGAUUCCAAUCAUGUCCAACGCAUAUGUGUGUCAUUUCAAUGUUCAACCUAUCUAUAAUGAGCUUCAAGGACGGUCACCUCAGAAGAUGAAUCGAGUUGGAAGGAUCACAACCAUUCUUUGUGUUCUGAUUUAUGCAUCUACUGCCAUAUCAGGUUAUCUACUCUUUGGAAAGAACACUGAGGCUGAUGUACUGACUAACUUUGAUAAAGACCUUGGAAUUCGUUUCAGUACAGCUUUAAACUAUAUUGUUCGUGUUGGAUACAUUUUUCAUUUGAUUCUUGUUUUCCCUGUUAUACAUUUCUCCCUCCGGCAAACUGUAGAUGCCUUGGUAUUUGAGGGAUCAGCACCUCUUACAGAGAGUAGGAAGAGGUCUUUGGCCUUAACUGCAGUACUGUUGGUACUUAUAUAUUUUGGAUCUACAAUGAUUCCCAGUAUUUGGACAGCUUUUAAGUUUACUGGGGCAACUACUGCAGUCUCACUGGGCUUUACAUUUCCAGCACUUAUUGCGUUGAAGUUAAGUAAACAAGGGCAUGGUUUGACCCGUGCUGAGAAGUUUUUGUCUUGGUUCAUGUUGAUAUUGGCAAUAACAGUUAGCGUUGUUGGGGUGGCUGGCAAUAUCUAUAGUAUGGAAAGCAAAUCUGAAUAACCCUCUCCUUUCCAAUUGAGUGUUUUCUUCUGUUAGGUGUCAAUUGUGUGAAAAGCUACAGAAUAGUAGUGGAAAACUUUUCAAUUCUUAUUGUUUUCGGGCUGCCUGGAUGGUUCAAUGAAGUGAAGAUAAUUGAGCAUCAAGUAGACGACUGAUGAGGGAGGUGAAUGUCUACCAACACAUCAUGUCUUCUUGUGCUGAUUAGGUUUGGAAUUGCAGAUCGAGCCUUGUGUCCUAAUGUGGAAGAAUGGCAAAUGUGAAGUACUUCUAAUGAGGUUCCCAUCAAGUGUAAGUUAUUUUGAUGAAAUUAUAGAGAGCUGUAUAGGAAUCAGCUCAAGCUGUAGUUUUGCUUAGCCCAUGUGAUUUAUUCUCAUAUCCCCCUCCCCUGAAGAAAGGGGUAACUGAUACUGUAUGAUACAACAAUUACACUCUUGUUUAAAUGAAUUUUUGGUUUAUCUAAUUUGUAAGGAAGAUAUUUUUUACAUAUAGCUUUGUUGUCUA